ACUAGUUGAGGCAGAGGAAGCGGCAGCAGCAGCGGCGUGUACUGUAUACCUAAAUAUCCACACUGCCGUUGAUAUUCAACCGUAUACCCGGAGAGGAAUUAACUGGAAGCCACCGGACACUUAUUUUUUACCGACGAGAGUUUACAGUGACAAGACAGGAAAAUGGACGAGCUGCAGGAUGUACAGCUGACUGAGAUCAAGCCGCUGUUGACCAAUAAGAAUGCACGCAACUUUCAAGACUUCGACUGCCAGGAGCAUGACAUUGAGACUCCCCAUGGCGUUCUCCAUGUGACAAUGAGAGGCGUUCCCAAGGGCAACAGACCCGUCAUCCUCACCUAUCACGACAUCGGUCUCAACCACAAGUCGUGCUUCAACACCCUGUUCAACUAUGAGGACAUGCAGGAGAUCACGCAGCACUUUGCAGUGGUUCACGUGGACGCGCCCGGCCAGCAGGAGGGUGCACCUCCCUUCCCCAGCGGCUAUCGCUACCCCACCAUGGACGAGAUGGCUGAAAUGCUGCCCUCUGUGAUGACUCAGCUCAAGGUCAACAGUAUGAUCGGCAUUGGCGUGGGAGCAGGAGCGUACAUCCUCACCCGCUUUGCACUCCUCAACCCCACGCUGGUGGAGGGACUGGUUCUGAUCAACGUUGACCCCUGUGCUGAAGGCUGGAUCGACUGGGCGGCUUCAAAGCUGUCUGGUUGGACCAGUAAUUUGGUGGAUAUCAUCAUGGCUCACCACUUCAGCACUGAUGAGCUCACAGAUAACCAGGAGCUGAUCCAGACCUACCGCCUUCACAUCGCCCAAGACAUCAACCAGGACAACCUGGCUCUCUUCUGCGGCUCCUACCAAUACCGUCGGGACCUGGAGAUCGAGAGGCCAAUCGUAGGUCUGAAUGAGGACACAGUUAACACACUAACGUGCCCUGCGUUGCUGGUGGUUGGUGACACAUCACCUGCUGUUGAGGCUGUGGUGGAGUGCAAUUCCAGGUUAAAUCCAACCAAGACCACUCUGCUAAAGAUGGCUGAUUGUGGAGGCUUGCCCCAAGUUGUGCAGCCAGGGAAACUUGCUGAGGCCUUCAAGUACUUUGUUCAGGGAAUGGGCUACAUUCCCUACGUUCUUCUCAGUCACCUGAGCAACGAAUCAGUGCCGUCAGCAGGAAUGACUCGUCUAGCUCGCUCCCGCACCACCUCCUCUUCCAGCAUCACCUCCAUGGACAGCACUCGCAGCCGCAACAACCUCAACAGCCUGCUGGAGGGCAGCGCCACCGGGGCUCUGGACAACCAGGCCGGACCCCAGACCAUGGAGGUCUCCUGCUAAACCCCCACCUCCCCCCCUGCACUCUCCCAUAGUAACUUAUGUGACCUCUCCCCUCUCUCUCUCUGCCCCCCCGAGCCCCCACCCCCCCUCAUCCCGCUCCUAAGCAACUCCACGCCUGGAGGACCUGUAAUGAACUAUGUGAUUAGAAAAGAGGAUGUAAUAAAUAUAUUAACAGAUGCAUAUUAUUAAAUAUAUUGAAUACACUGUUAAAGACACAUUCCUACCAGAAACCAUAACUACAUUCAGAUGUAUUGUAUAUUCAAAUGGUCAAGCCAUGUGAUCGACUCAGCUGUCCAACCCCACCCUCUUGUAUUUAUUUUUUUCACAUUGUCUUUGUUUUAAAUGUCUUCACACACACUAUAGACAUCCAUGUGUUUGAUCUAACUUUUUUUCUUUGCAAGGUGCAACACUUUAACUGCUCUCUCCUGUUGUGAACUCGAAACUCGUGGGCUGCAUUCAUUUUUGCGUCACUGUAUCUUUGUGUUUUUGUCCCAAACCUGCUGCAAUGUGAGGCAGAAUUAGUCACAAAGUUUAAAGAGAGAUCACUGUACUACUGUAACUGCAGAAUUAAAGUGAUACAUGAAAGAAACAUUGCAAACUGUAGCACAACUAAAAUAAAAACUGGAGAGGGCUGCUUUUGAACAUUACGAAAAUACAUACAGUGUUAGAAAAAGUCACGUACCAGUGUGUCAACUCACUUCACAUCUUCUUUCAUUUUGUAUUCUUUUUGUAACGGAACCCAUCUCCUUUUCUUUCUGCUUUGUGUUGAUGUUUUUGUUCAGUUGAAUAGAUGUUUUAACCUUUAACAAGUGGGUUCUGAUGUGACAAGUAUGAGUCCCUUCACUGAGGGGCCCAGUGGUGCUUCUCACUGUCUGCUGAUUCAACUCAUUUAUAUUACUACUGAAUAAAGCUACAACAUGA